AUGUUCCUUCCCAAGCAUCCGAGCUCUUCCCGUCCAUGGCGCCCCUGCCUUCAACCAGGAGCACCUCUCAUUCGCCCUCGCCCCCGCAUCCCCGCGACGACAUCAUCAGGACGGAGGCACCUCCUUCGGCCGUCGGCCGCUGCCUCCUCCGGCUCUCCGUCCAGGGAAUCCCCACACCCAGUCCCUCCCGCGAAGCGGUUAUCGAAAAAUAAGCCGCCGGAUGAGAUCGGCAGGUGGAAGGCGGUGCGGCCAGGAAUGGGCGAGUCCGCUGGCCCUGAAGCUGAAACUGAGGACCCAUCUCCCCCGCCCCCGCGGACAGCCCUGUGGUCGGCGAGGCGGAGGACGCGCGCUGCGUGGCGGAAGGUGGCGUCUUGGGUGCCCAGGAAGGCCCGGAGCCUCGUACUACUCAAUCUGGUCACCCUUAUAUUUGCUAGCAACAUUUCAGUUGUGAAACAGGCGGAGGCUCUUUUGGACCCUGACCUUUUCAAUAUGUUAAGGUUCACUAUAGCAGCCAUCCCUUUUGUGCCGCUGUUACUAAAAUCGCUGAGGGAUAUGCAAAUCUUUUUUAGAGGACUAGAGUUGGGCAUUUGGGUAAGCUUGGCCUACCUGGCUCAGGCUAUGGGGUUAGUUACAGCUGAUGCUGGGCGUGCAUCUUUCAUUUCUGCACUCACUGUGAUCAUUGUCCCUGUCUUGGAUGGUCUUAUUGGAGCAGAAGUACCUGCUCUUACAUGGUUUGGAGCAUUUUUAUCACUUCUUGGUGUUGCUAUACUGGAGCUAAGUGGUUCUCCGCCAUGUGUUGGUGAUCUUCUGAACCUCGUGAGUGCCUUUUCUUUUGCAAUUCAUAUGCUCAGAACUGAGCAUAUUUCCAGAAAUAUAAAGAAAGAAAAUUUCUUAACUCUUGUUGGAUGUGAGGUGUUUGUUGUAGCAAUCCUAUCAGCAGCGUCAUAUAUUUUUAAAUGCUUCACACGAAACGUGCAACACUGGAAUUUCAAAACAUGGCCACCAUCAGAGUUAUUUGGUAUGGUGAUGUUGUUUCCUUGGCCAGCAAUUCUAUACACAGGCAUAUUCUCAACUGCGUUUUGUUUAUUGGCAGAGGUGGCGGCUAUGCGUGAUGUAUCAGCUACAGAAACUGCAAUUAUUUAUGGUCUGGAACCUGUAUGGGGUGCUGCUUUUGCAUGGGCAAUGCUCGGUGAGAGAUGGGGCGUCACAGGACUUGUCGGGGCUAUCUUCAUCAUAGCUGGCAGCUUGAUGGUUCAGAUAUUUGGAUCAAUCCCAGAUGUAUCUAGAGGAGACAAUUACCAGAUGAACAGUUAA